ACCCCUUGAUAGAACUGUCAAAUUUUUGUUGUUUUCCUUUGAUGACUAAACUGAAAACUGAAGAUCUGAUCAAUUCAUUUCAGUCGAAUUUCGUCAGUGAGAAUACCUUCAGAAAUGCACGGUCGAUUAAAAGUGCGUACCAGCGCCGAAGAGGCCAUUCGCAAACGAAAAGAACAGGACCAGAAAGCUAAAGCGUUCCGUUCCGGAAUGAGUCGCGUUCUGGCCAAAAAGGCAGCCGGCGAACUAGACGAUGAGAUGAUGGUGCUGACGGGGAAAAUUCUUGGGUCCAAUCCGGACAUUGCCACGCUGUGGAACCUGCGACGACUCUGCAUUCUGAAACUUUUUGACGAGGAUAAAGAAAAUCAAAAGUUGUUCGAUAAUGACUUGGGUUUCACCGAGAUGUGUUUGCAAGUGAAUCCCAAAUCCUACUGCGCCUGGCACCAUCGCUGCUGGGUUCUGGAGAACGCACCUUCUCCAAAUUGGCAGAAAGAAGUCGAUUUGUGCACAAAGUAUCUCAAGCUGGACGAGAGAAACUUUCACUGCUGGGAUUAUCGCCGUUACGUGACGGAAAAGGCGAAGAUUCCUGCCGAAAAAGAGCUAGAAUUCUGCACUGAAAAGAUCAGAAAUAAUUUCUCAAAUUAUUCAUCGUGGCACUAUCGGAGCAAAUUACUGCCGGUUCUUCACCCGAACAAGGAUGACCCAUCUCGACCCAUUAGUGAGGAGAAGUUGCGUGAGGAAUUAGAAUUGGUCCUGACGGCUGCAUUUACCGAUCCGAAUGAUAGCAGCGCGUGGUUUUACCAACGCUGGCUUCUUGGCUAUUCCCAACCUGAGUUGGAUAUCGCCGCAUUUCGGAUAGAGGUUGCACGAAAAUUAGCAGUGGUCACGUUCACGCGGCCAGUCAAUUUGAGACACAAGAAUGUGAAUCUGUCGUUCAAUUUCACCAAUGAAAUGAAUCACGCUUCGAAUUGGGUUCCCGCCUCGGCAAGUGACAGUUAUUGUGUUACAUGGAUUCUGCGAGAUGUCCAUAUAAACCUUCCUGAUCAUGAGGAAUAUGUACUCUCCUUCACUGAUGAGUACAACAUGACGCACAGUCUCAAAUGUAAAAAAUUGUGUAACGCUUCUCUGUUCGGGAUAAACAAACCAAAGUUCGAACACGAAUUCGGUCAGUCCAUUGUGGAUGUCCUCAAAGCUCAGUUGGAAUCGUGCCAGCAGCUGUUGGAAUACGAGCCGGACAGUAAGUGGACACUUCUUACUGCUGCGCUUCUGAUGAAGGCUCUGGAUGCGGAGGGAUAUCACGACAGGAUUCUCGGAUAUUUAGAGAAAUUGCAAGAAGUGGAUCCAUUGCGGGUCGGAUACUAUCGGGAUCUAACUGCCAAAUGGAGCAUCGAAAUCCGACUGAAGCGCUGGAUCGACGAAGGGAAACCACAAAAGAAAUUGGAUUUGUCCAACUUAAAGCUGAACCGUGUGACAUACGAACAAUAUCUGGCAGUUGCUGGAGAAAUCGACCUUAGCGGUAAUAAGUUAGGGAAAGAAUUUAUGCACAAGCAUUUUGUAUUUUGCCAGCGGCUUUCGUUGUAAGACUGCUGCCCUUCCUGCUGAAUGCUGAAUGGUUGAUUGCGCGACGAUAUCAUUGUGUUUGAUUGGAACUAUCAUUACUCCAAAGAAUCACAUUAACAUUUCCAGUUUUUCUUACACAUAGUUUUUAUUUAGGAUCGAAAGAUAAUAAAUACACUACGCCACAGUGCGUAGCUGGACAGAAGAUGCACUGCGUUUUAUUUACCUGCUAGAAGAUAGGGCCAAAAAAUGGGUGGGUUAUAUCUAUGAUAUAACCGCAAGGUUGACGUGGGACUACCUUAGCUUAGCAAUCAUUCGUUUGUAUUGAUUAAAUUCUUCAUUGAAUGAAACAGUUUCCGAAUUCAAUGAAAUUCAAUAUAUUUACUUUGUGAGUAAAAAGAUUGAACAAAUGCCAUGUAAAGUCAAU